GUAAAAUAUUAGACCGUGCCAAUAUGUCAGCGCCCAUAAACAAUAAUAAAUUGCACGCUUUUAGUAUUUAUUGAUUGAUAGACGACUUUAAAAGUAACAUGGAAGGAAAAGCAACAAAUAAUUCUAAAAUUCUAAUGAAUAUCAAUCCCGGUGUCAGAGAUACAAGUCUAAUAGUGAACAAAGACAUUAAGACACUUGAAGAUCUGAGGAAAGAUUUCAAACCAGUACAAAGCUCAGUAUUGAGCCAGGUGCGAAAUUUUCUGCCCAAGUUAGCAACAGCCAAUGAAGAAUUACAGAAAAGAUUGGAAGCCGAUCCGGAAUAUUGUGCUGAUAUUGAACAAAUAGAUGACGUAGAUGCCCCUCAUAUAGAAAUGAAUUUAGCUUUAAUGGAGGCAGAUUAUAUUAGUGAUGAUGACAGUGUAGAUUCAGACACCUCCAGUGAUGAUGAUGAUGAUGAUGAUGAUAUUGAUUUAGUGUGUGAAGAAGUGAAUAUAAACAAUAUGAAAAUGCCGACAAGUGGCAAAGCAAACAAACUUGGUAAACAGUUGAUACAGGCCAUGGAUGAAGAUAGUUCUAGUGUUACUGAAGAUUCAUUAAAUGAACUUAGUAAAACAGAUGAACAGGGAUAAAUACAAAAUAUGCACAUUCAUUCUUCAAAAUGUCAACUGGGAUUCCAUUGAAACCACAUGCUUUCUGAUGCUUCGCUUUAUUAAUAGCUUUUUUCUACUUCAAAAAAUAGUAAUAUUUUUAUUUGAGCAAUCACAA